UGGACGCUUGGGCAGACCGCGAGCGAGAGCGCCCCCGAGCAGCACCCGCGCCCUUCGCGCCUCCUCGGGAAGGACCUCAAGAGAAGGACGCUUGCAGCCCGCUCGCCGCCCCAGCCCUCGCCCUCCUGCCACCGGGCCCGCCACCCCGCCGCACGGGCCGGAGCCUGUCCCGUCUCCCGGAUCCACGCACCAGACCUCGACUGCUGCGCACCCGUGUAUCGGCGUCUUUGCUUCCGCGCUCGUCCGGACUCCUGCGCGCCACAAUGAGCUCCCGCACCGCCAGGACGCUCGCCUUCGCCGUCACCCUUCUCCACUUGGCCAGGCUGGCGCUCUCCACCUGCCCCGCCGCCUGCCACUGCCCCCAGGAGGCGCCCAAGUGCGCCCCGGGAGUCGGGCUGGUCCGGGACGGCUGCGGCUGCUGUAAGGUCUGCGCCAAGCAGCUCAACGAGGACUGCAGCAAAAUGCAGCCCUGCGACCACACCAAGGGGCUGGAAUGCAAUUUCGGCGCCAGUUCCACCGCUCCGAAGGGGAUCUGCAGAGCUCAAUCAGAGGGCAGACCCUGUGAAUAUAACUCCAGAAUCUACCAGAAUGGGGAAAGUUUCCAGCCCAACUGUAAACAUCAGUGCACAUGUAUCGACGGCGCUGUGGGCUGCAUUCCUCUGUGUCCCCAAGAACUCUCUCUCCCCAACUUGGGCUGUCCCAACCCCCGGCUAGUCAAAGUGACCGGGCAGUGCUGUGAGGAGUGGGUCUGUGACGAGGAUGGUGCCAAGGACCCCGCGGACGACCGGGAUGGCCUCCUGGGCAAGGGGCUGGCAUUUGAUGCCUCGGAGGUGGAGUUAACCAGGAACAAUGAAUUAAUUGCAGUUGGAAAAGGCGGCUCCCUGAAGCGGCUCCCAGCGUUUGGAAUGGAACCUCGAAUCCUAUACAACCCUUCUUUACAUGGCCAGAAAUGUAUCGUUCAAACAACUUCAUGGUCCCAGUGCUCCAAGACCUGUGGAACUGGUAUCUCCACACGAGUUACCAAUGACAACCUUGAAUGCCGCCUGGUGAAGGAAACCCGGAUUUGUGAAGUGCGGCCUUGUGGACAGCAGAUGUACAGCAGCCUGAAAGUAAGUUCCGGUGGUGCUUGUUGGAGACUGUUGCCUGGCAGCUGGGCGAGAUGUGAACCUCUCUUCCGAGACAGAGAAACACUGUUCCUAACUCUCCUUCUUUCCUCUUUCUUACAGAAGGGCAAGAAAUGCAGCAAGACCAAGAAAUCCCCCGAACCAGUCAAGUUUACUUAUGCUGGAUGUUCGAGUGUGAAGAAAUACCGGCCCAAGUAUUGCGGCUCGUGCGUGGACGGCCGCUGCUGCACGCCCCAGCAGACCAGGACUGUGAAGAUGCGCUUCCGUUGCGAAGAUGGGGAGACGUUUUCCAAGAACGUCAUGAUGAUCCAGUCCUGCAAGUGCACCUACAACUGCCCGCAUGCCAACGAGGCGGUGUUUCCCUUCUACAGGCUGUUCAAUGACAUUCACAAAUUUAGGGACUAAAUGCCACCUGGGUUUCCAGCGUGAGGGUGAACAAACGAGGGGGGAGAAGAGUGCCAGAAUCACAGAGAUAUGGGUGGGGGCGGUGGGGGUGAGGGACUCAUUGUAGAAGGGAUGCAUUGCUCAUUCUUGAGUAGUAUUAAGGUAUUUUGAAACUGCCAGGUGUGCUGGUGCAGAUGGACGGACACUAAUGCAGCCACGACGGGAGAAUACUUUGCUUCAUAAUACUGGAGCCCACGUUACUGCUUCAUUUUGGAGCUUGUGCUGUUGAUGACGUUCUGUUUUCUGUUUGUAAAUUAUUUGGUAAGCAUAUUUUUCUCUAGGCUUUUUUUCCUUUUGGUUCUACAAUUGUUAAAAAAAAAAAAAGAUUAGUUGAUCAGUUAAAGCCUUCAUCUUUUGAAAGAAGUAAAUGGGAGGGGGUGCCAUCCCUUCCUGAAGGGGACACUCUGUGAGUGACCGGGAGAGGCAGCUAUCUGCACUCUAAACUGCAAACAGAAAUCAGGUGUUUUAAGACUGAAUGUUUUUAUUUAUCGAAAUGUAGCUUUUGGGGAGGGAAGGGAAAUGUAAUACUGGAAUAAUUUGUAAAUGAUUUUAAUUUUAUAUUCAGUGAAAAGAAUUUAUUUAUGGAAUUAAUCAUUUAAUAAAGAAAUAUUUACCUAA